AUGCCUUCAAAAUUGCGAUUCUUACAUACGUGUUUUGAGCAGUUAUUCAAACCCGGGGAUAUUAUCGUUUCCCUUUUCUUCUGUAAUGUAGCUCAGGCAAAAAACGAACAGAUACGCAUCCUGUUGAAAGACGCCUCCAAACUGGCCGGCAUUAGAAACAAACGGCUGGCUAACGUGCUCGCUUCCACCCAGAUAGCACGAUCAAACACACCACACUCGGACUGUCCUGGAACGAUACCCCUUCUCAUUUAUCCCCAUUACAAAUACGGAAAUCUGAAACAAUUCCUCCGAAAAACCGUUUCUGGUGGUUCCGAUGAGCACAGUGCUGUUGUUCUGACUGUGGAUCAGUUGGUUUCCAUGGGUUUGCAAAUACUGAGUGCCGUCGACUAUUUGCACGGGAUGAAAAUUAUUCAUGGCGACGUUGCAACCAGAAAUUGUUUGUAUGCCGUCGUGAAUGUUUGUGAGGGGUUAAAGCCUCUGGUUUUGCGAAUAUCAGAUGAUAGUCGCCGUGGUUUGCGCAUGCAUGAACAAAUUGCCGACCGCAUCCGUCCGAGGCUUGAUAUACGAUAUGACGUGUCACUUAGCGAUUCGGCACUCAGUCGCGAUCUAUUCCCGGAAGAUUAUCACUGUUUGGGGGACAAUACAAAUCGUCCCAUAAAAUGGCUGGCGAUUGAAGCACUUGUCGAACGGAAAUUCUCCACCGCCACCGAUGUGUGGUCAUUCGGGAUCACCAUGUGGGAACUGAUCACAAAGGGUCAACAACCGUACGCCAUGUUUGAUCCGUUCGAAAUGCCAAAUGUAUUGUACGCCGGAUAUCGAUUACGUCAACCACCCAACUGCCCCGAUACUCUGUGA